CAGUUCCAAAGAGCUACGUAUAUGCCCACAUGAGAAUUCAGUGCAACAAAUAUAUUAAGCUUCAUGAUAUUGUUCUGAACUUGAGAAAAACUGUACAAGGCAACUCAAAAUUCAGAUUCCUACUCUACAUCAGGUGUGCAGCAUCUUCUAUGUUCUGGUUUGAGCUCAAUGGACUUAUUUUGUGCAAACAGAAACAUGCGAUCUAUAAUGUGAUUUUUGUGAUGUGGGUUUGUUGACCUGCUGAUUAGAUUCAUGGUGUUGAAACAAGGAAAUUGUUUUUAACCCUUUUCCUGGAUAAAGGCAAGGAUGUGAGGAAAGAAGGAAGGAAAGGAGGUGAAUUGGAGCAACGCAUCAAAAUGACAAUAGAUUGUCUGCGUUUUCAGAGUUGUUUUUGAAACUGAUGAACUGAAAUGACGGGACAAAAUAAUUGAUAGCAAUUUUAUUUAGUCCCAAUUAUUUACGUUUCUGUCAUUCAGAUCGCGACGCAGACGAUACGAUUACGAUUGUGCGGUGGCGCCAUUUGGCGGCGAUCAGCUGAACCGCCUUUUACGUCACCACACAUGCGAAGAUGGCGACGAGAUGUUUAGGUAGUGAUUGCGAAUGAGAUACAUUGAGAUUAUCGUUCCAACACGGUGCCGCGUUGUCAAUUUAAGUAAGAUGUCAGUAAGGUAACAAAAAGGAUGCGAACAGGUUCAAACACGGGCGAAAUGUUCAUCACUCGUGCUCUGGAAAAGAUCUUAAACGAUCGCGAAAUCAAGCGAUCUCAUCACUCUCAACUUCGGAAGGCCUGUGAAGUGGCUUUAGAGGAAAUAAAAAAUGAGACCAAGGACAUGGUACAAAGUCAGGAGACUUCUUCUGCACUUCCACUGCCCAAGGGCCAGGCCGGUCUCGAAGCUGAACGAUACUUGCUUCCGUUUGAGCUGGCCUGCCAGUCCAAGUCGCCCCGUAUUGUGGUCACAGCUCUGGAUUGCAUCCAGAAGUUGAUCGCGUAUGGCCACCUUACGGGACUGCUGCCCGAUCCAACCGACCCCAGCAAGCUGCUCAUCGAUCGCAUCGUAGAGACUAUAUGUGGCUGCUUUCAGGGUCCCACCACAGACGAUGGUGUACAACUACAAAUCAUCAAGGCCUUGCUUACGGUUGUGACAAGUCAGUCAUGCGAGGUGCACGAGGGUAGUGUACUGCAGGCAGUGCGUACUUGCUACAACAUCUACCUGGCGUCGCGCAACCUCAUCAACCAGACGACGGCCAUAGCCACCCUCACGCAGAUGCUCAGCGUCAUCUUUGCUCGUAUGGAAGCCUGCCAAGACACAACGGAAGAAACGAAGACUCAAAACAGCAGUCAACAUUCCAGCACCCCAGAAAUAAACGGGAGCACUGAAACCACCGAAUCCAAAGAGUCGGAAGGCACCAAGGAACCUAAAGAAGACUACAGCGAAGACACCGCGCAAGAGGUGGCCGCCACAGUGCUAAACGAAAUCCUCAACCGGGUGGUCGGAGGCGGAGACGCGAACGAAGACAGCACGAGCCCCGCCGAGCCGUUGAACCGUGUCCCAUCCCAGGAAAGCGUUGCCUGCGAACCCGAGUGCGUGCAAGCCCACUUUGCCCACGUCAGGCAAAAGGACGCGUUCCUCGUGUUCCGCUCCCUGUGCAAGCUGUCCAUGAAACCCCUCCCCGAGGGGCAGCCGGACCCCAAGUCUCACGAGUUACGUUCCAAGGUGCUCUCCCUCCAGCUGUUGCUGUCCAUACUGCAGAAUGCUGGCCCAGUGUUUCGAACAAACGACAUGUUCAUCAACGCGAUCAAACAGUACCUCUGUGUCGCCCUGUCCAAGAACGGGGUCUCCUCCGUGCCCGAAGUGUUUGAGAUCUCGGUGACCAUCUUUCUGGCGCUGCUGCAGAACUUCAAGACGCAUCUUAAGAUGCAGAUCGAAGUGUUCUUCAAGGAAAUCUUCCUGAACAUCCUCGAGACACCGAGUUCGUCUUUCGGUCACAAGUGGAAAGUGAUACAGGUGCUCACUCGCAUAUGUGCCGAUGCCCAAAGCGUGGUGGACAUCUACGUCAACUACGACUGCGACUUGAACGCAGCCAACAUCUUUGAACGUUUGGUGAACGACCUCUCAAAGAUAGCGCAGGGGCGUCAAGCUCUGGAACUGGGUGCAACCACGAAUCAAGAGAAAUCCAUGCGUAUCAAAGGGCUAGAGUGCUUGGUCUCCAUCCUCAAGUGCAUGCUGGAGUGGAGCAAAGACCUUUACGCCAAUCCACCUGCAGGACCCGAACACACCGAGCCGUCCAUUCAGACGUUCUGCAAGGAUGAAGAUCGCAGCCUCGUCAGCCAUGGUGGUUCGUCGAACUCGCUCAAUUCAGUGAGCAGCUCCAACAUUCCCGAGCAAUUGGAAGUGCUCAAGCAGCAGAAGGAGAUAAUGGAACAGGGCAUUGACCUGUUCAACCGGAAACCAAAGCGGGGCCUCCAGUUCCUCCAGGAACACAGCCUAGUCGGCCCACAGCCCUGGGAUAUCGCAGAGUUCUUCCACACUGACGACCGCCUAGACAAGACUCAAGUUGGAGACUUUCUUGGAGAAAAUGACAAGUUGCACAAGGAAGUAAUGUGUGCCUAUGUGGACCAGAUGAACUUUGCAGAGAAAGACUUCGUGUCUGCACUGAGGAGCUUUUUAGAAGGUUUCCGUCUUCCAGGUGAAGCCCAAAAGAUCGACAGGCUCAUGGAAAAAUUUGCAUCUCGUUAUUGUGAGACCAACCCAAACAACGGCCUGUUUGCAAGUGCAGAUACAGCGUAUGUACUGGCCUAUUCGAUUAUAAUGUUGACAACCGACCUGCAUAGUCCACAAGUGAAGACGAAGAUGACGAAAGAGCAGUACAUCCGCAUGAACCGUGGCAUCAAUGACAGCAAGGACCUUCCAGAGCAGUACCUGUCGCAGAUCUACGACCAGAUUGCUGGCAACGAAAUCAAAAUGAAGUCAACCUCAAACAAAAUGACUGGGAAACAGAAUGUUUCGAGUGAGAAGAAACGGCGCCUCCUGUACAACAUGGAGAUGGAGCAGAUGGCACGGACAGCCAAGGCACUCAUGGAAAGCGUCAGCCAUGUGCAGGCAUCGUUCACGUGUGCAAAGCAUCUCGAACACGUACGCCCCAUGUUCAAGUUGGCCUGGACACCCUUUCUAGCUGCCUUCAGUGUUGGUCUUCAGGACUGCGAUGAUCCCGAGAUAGCUGCUCUUUGCCUAGAUGGAAUACGCUGCGCAAUUCGCAUUGCUUGCAUCUUUCACAUGACUCUUGAACGCAAUGCAUACGUGCAAGCGCUGGCGAGGUUCACCCUCCUGACUGCGAAUUCACCAAUCACGGAAAUGAAGACCAAGAACAUUGACACCAUAAAGACACUAAUAACAGUGGCCCACCUGGAUGGAAACUAUCUUGGCAAAUCAUGGUUGGAGAUAUUGCGAUGUAUAUCGCAACUGGAGCUGGCACAGCUCAUCGGAACUGGGGUGAAACCCCGUUACCUCAACUCCGGCAGCGGGGCAGUGGGAGCUCCACCGGAGGGUAGCGUGCUCGACCCAAUCGAAUUGACUCGUAGUGGGCUACCCAUGGACCAAAAACGCAUGGCUCUGCUCCAAGAGUCGAUGGGGGAGACCAGCUCGCAAAGCGUUGUGGUCGCGGUGGAUCGUAUCUUCACCGGGUCCACCCGUCUCGACGGAAACGCAAUCGUCGACUUUGUGCGUGCUCUCUGCCAGGUAUCUCUGGAAGAGCUGGCCAACCCGUCGCACCCACGCAUGUUCAGCCUACAGAAGAUAGUGGAGAUCUCCUACUACAACAUGGGCCGUAUCCGUCUGCAAUGGUCCCGCAUCUGGGAGGUGCUGGGCGAACACUUCAACCGCGUCGGGUGCUCUCCGUCGGAAGACGUGUCUUUCUUCGCGCUCGAUUCUCUGCGGCAGCUUUCCAUGAAGUUCAUCGAAAAGGGAGAAUUCACAAACUUCCGCUUCCAGAAAGAUUUCCUCCGUCCCUUCGAACACAUCAUGAAACGUAACCGGUCGCCCACGAUCCGAGACAUGGUGGUGCGAUGUGUCGCGCAGAUGGUGAACUCGCAGGCUGCCAACAUCAAGUCCGGUUGGAAGAACAUAUUUAGUGUCUUCCACCUGGCCGCCUCAGAUCGAGACGAGAGCAUCGUGGAACUUGCGUUCCAGACAACGGGGCGAAUUGUGACGCAGACGUACAGUUGCCACUUUUUGGCACUAGUUGAUUCCUUCCAGGAUGCAGUAAAAUGCCUGUCUGAGUUUGCAUGCAACGCCUGCUUUCCGGACACGUCGAUGGAAUCCAUCCGUCUCAUCCGGCACUGUGCAAAGUACGUGGCGGAGCAACCGCAAGCAUUCCGCGACCACAACAUGGAGGACCAGACCGUCCCGGAAGAGGACCGUGUCUGGGUUCGAGGCUGGUUUCCGAUCCUGUUCGAACUGUCCUGCAUCGUGAACAGGUGUAAGCUAGACAUCCGCACAAGGGCAUUAACCGUCAUGUUUGAAGUGGUCAAAACGUAUGGAGCCUGUUUCUCUCCGCACUGGUGGCAAGACCUGUUCCAGAUCAUCUUCCGUAUCUUCGACAACAUGAAACUUCCGGAGCGCCACAAUGAGAAGGCAGAAUGGAUGACAACAACGUGCAAUCAUGCGCUCUACGCCAUCGUAGACGUUUUCACCCAGUACUAUGACGUGCUGGGGAAUCUACUUUUGGACGAGCUUUUUGUUCAGCUGCACUGGUGUGUCCAACAAGACAACAAGCAGUUGGCACGUUCCGGCACUAACUGCCUCGAGAACUUAGUCAUAUCAAACGGAACAAAGUUCAGCACGGAAACGUGGGACAAGACGUGCCAGUGUAUGCUGGACAUCUUCAAGACAACGCUACCCAACAUGUUGCUGACGUGGUCUCCAAGCAAGGAUGGUGUCUCUCAGGAUGGCAAUGCCACCGAAGAUCCUGAAGCUCGAGCAAGUACGUCCUCAGACACCCGUCACAAACAAGCGUGUGUUUCUCAUGUAACAUCCCUUCCAGAGGAGGAGGUGCUGUUCAACUCUCUAAAGAUCCGCUGCGUGGUGCAGCUGGAACUGAUUCAAACCAUCGACAACAUCAUCUUUUUUCCUGCCACAAGUCGCAAAGAGGAUGCUGAAAACCUGGCUGCUGCUCAAGCCGAAAUGGAGCCUCGUUGGACGAAUCAACAACCAUUAUCACUAGAUCAGCAGCAACAGGAAGAGCAAGGCAUGUACGGCUACCUGACAUCUGCACAGCUCCUGCAACUUGUAGACUGCCUCAUGGAAUCUCACCGUUUUGCCAAGGCAUUUAAUGCCAACAGCGAACAGCGGAAUCUGCUCUGGAAAGCCGGCUUUCGCGGGAAUGUCAAGCCGAACCUCCUCACACAGGAAGCACAAAGCCUCGCGUGUGUCCUGCGUGUCCUGUUCCGGAUGUACGGGGACGACGGCAGGCAGGAUGCCUGGCACACGGUGCAGGACCGUCUCAUUGGAGUUUGCCGUGAAGCACUCCAUUAUCACCUGACACUGGCCACAGAAAGCCAUCGUGACGCAUGGGACAGCCUCCUCCUCCUCUUUCUCACAAGGGUCCUACGACUUGACGAUGACCGGUUUCGUGCCCAUGCAUCUGUCUACUACCCUCACCUCUGUGAACUGACCUGCAUGGAAGUGAAACCUGCCAUCCGAGCUGUUCUGCGCCGUUUUUUCUUGCGCGUCGGUUCUGCCUUCAACAUCUCGCACCACUAGUCGGUAGCUCACAUAGCUCACAGCACUCAUAAACGGUGCACGUCCAGGGUUGUACGACAUAAUUUCUGUUUUUCUGCCUCGUUUUUGAUUUUCUUUUUGGCGCUAUUUGCACACACAGGUGCUCUUGGAUCGGAUUUGGAUUGAACCUGAACACUGGACAAUCCACUCCGAAGUCAGUGUUGUGAACAAUAAUCAAAAGUGAAGGCUGCAAGGAGUACACCUCACGCAAGCGUACUAACAGUAAACGGAGCAAUUGAUUGCAUAGUGUGGGUAGAACAAAAUGUAUUUUGAUUCAGUGCAAACAUCAACGAACGUAUACUACACUUAAGAACGUAUCCAACACUUUGUGACGCAGAAAAAAAAAAAAAAUCACCAGUUCAUUAAGACAUCUCUUAUCUCCAGGACCUCGUCCACUGUGAUUACCGAUUACUUCCAGUCAAGAUAGAUACACUUUUUUUGUUCACUUGCACAAGUACUCAAGCAUAUUGAAGAAUGAACUUUUUUGUUUUCUCUUGUACUUCCCUAUGGUAGUAGAAAUGGUGCUACCAUUUCUAUGCAAACUCGACGCUUGUCAGACAUGUAGUCCGAACAUCUGCGCACCACUUAGCAUCGAAACACCCCAGAAAGAGAGGAUAUAUUUCCUUUAGAGCAGUAACACUUGCACAGUGUCGUCAAAGUUUAAUUUAUUCUCAAGCAGUACAUUCCAGCUAUACAGGAGGCUCGGUUGCUUUGAGAACGUGUAUAAAAGAGAUGAUAGUGAGCGGUGAAAUUAUUCUUGAGGGUUUGCCAUAAGUGUAAAUUAAGAGUGUACAAUAUGUUGCAUUAAAGAAUGCAAGUACUUAACUA